AUGGAAACCUUACACAUAACAGGAUAUCUUUCGGACUCGCAUCCAUGUAAUCCACAUCAAAAGUUUAUCUUUGUUAAAAACGUGAAAGCGGCAAGUAGCACUGUCGGAUCUGUGUGUUUACGAUACGGACUUACUCAUCACUUGACGCCAGUAUUUGCCGAGAAUCCCGAAGCAGGUCAUUUGAGGAUAAUAAACUCGCGGGUAAUAACCUAUAACAGCACAUGUUCUGGGGCAAAUAUUGGCUAUGACUACAUAGUUAGUCACAUACCCAGUUACGAUUAUCAUGUGUUGAAUGACUUCAUACCGGAUGCUAAGUUUUUUACAACAGUUCGUUCACCGUACAGUCAAUUUGAAUCGGCUUUUUAUUUCUACAAUUGGGAGGCAAAGUUUAAGUUAAGCGAUACAAAAAAUCCUUUUCAUAUGUUUGUGGAGAAUAUUUCUGAAUAUAGUAAGAUACAAUUAUCAAAUAACCGCAUAUCCAAUAAUCAACUUAAAAAUGGUCAGAUGUACAUGUUUGGCUUUGCUUCAUCUUACACGGAAAAUCAGAAUUUAAUCGAUGAAAAGAUACGAGAGCUUGAUAAAGAGUUUGACUUGGUGAUGAUAGCGGAAUACAUGGAUGAAUCUUUGGUUCUUUUGAAAAAGAUGAUGUGCUGGGAGUUUGAUGACAUCAUAUACUAUUCAAACAAAGUUAUGUCCCGUGAAACGCGAUCUCAAAUGACAGAGAAUGUGAAGACACAAAUAGCAGAUUGGAAUUCUGCCGAUCUCAAGCUGUACGAGCACUUCAAUCGAACACUGUGGCUCAGAAUUAAACAGUAUGAAGGUGAUUUUGAUAAUGAUUUGCAAACAUUUCGUAUAAAACAGGAAUAUAUAUCUAAAAAGUGCGAUAAACCAACAGAUAGACCAACAGAUAGAUUUUGUCGAUUUCUGAAACUAGAUUGUCCAGCGCUUAAACGACGAGCUUUUCAUAAAAUGUUCAAGUUCUGUUCCGAACCAAAAAAUCUCUAA